UCCCGCCCAAAAUUCACCGCUAAACAAAACUUUAGCUACACAAAAGCUGCUCAGUUGCUUAUAUUUCUAGGGUUAGAGUUUUGGUAUCUUAAUUAGCUGGAAUUUAUCUCGUUUCCUUUAAAAUCAGUAAAAUGGCGAAAGAAGAAAAAGAUAUUGUAAUCGAGUUGGAUGAAGAAGACGAUGGUGAUAUGGUAGAUUCUGAUAAUUUUGUGUUCGAGAAGAUUGGAAAAUCUGUUCCUCUAAAACCAAACGACUCGAAAUUUGAUCUCGAAAGUCCUCCAGCACAACCGCUUGCUGUUUCUGAUCGAUUUCAAGUCAUAUUUGUUGCUCAUUCUGAAGGGUUUUAUGUUGCGAAAACUAAGGAUGCUAUUGAUUCGGCUAAGGAGAUUAAAGAAAAAGGAAGUGGUUCGUGUAUUCAGGAGUUAUGCAUAGUUAAUGUUCCAAUUGGCAAGGUCCAUAUUUUGGCAUUGUCUAUGGAUUCGUCGUAUCUAGCUGCUUCAGUAGGUGGGGAGAUUCAUUUAUAUGCUGUUGAAUCUCUGUUGAACAAGGAACAACAAGCGUCUUCCACAUGCUCACUUCAUGAUUCAAGUAAUGUGAAGGAUUUUCGUUGGAGAAAAAAAAUGGUGAAUAUGUAUGCCGUUCUUUCAAAAGGUGGCACAUUAUACCAUGGAGAUGUGGAUGGAUCCCUUAAAGAAGUAAUGGAUAAUGUUGAUGCUGUUGACCGGAGUAAAAAUGGAAAUUUUAUUGCGGUCGCAAGAAAGAAUACUUUGAGUAUCCUUUCAUCCAAAUUCAGGGAUCGAUUUCAUAUGUCGCUGUUGUUCAAGACCUUGGUUUCUGACACCGAUCCAAAACACAAUAUAGUAGUGGAUUCUAUCCAGUGGGUUCGCCGUGACUGUAUUAUUCUUGGAUGCUGUCAAGUAACUGAAGAUGGCGACGAGGAGAAUUAUUUCGUCCAAGUAAUCAGCAACAGAGAUGGUAAAAUUACAGAGGAUACUUCCAAGCCAGUUGUGUUAUCUUUCGGUAACGUAUUUACAGGUAUCAUAGAUGAUAUCGUGCACUGUGGAAGUGGACCACAUUUGUUCUUGAGCUAUUUGGAGAACUGGGAGGUUGUGCUUGCCGCCAAUAGAAAGAACACGGAUCAACACAUUGUUUUACUUGGGUGGUCUGUGGAUGAGGAGCAAAAGGAUGCUGACGUCAUUGAUCUUUCUCAAGAUGACCGGUGGCUCCCAACAGUUGAGCUUCAAGGAUAUCUUUCCUUCGGGUCUGGUGGUAGAGAGACACAAUCAAGAGCAAAAAAUGGUGAUGAUAAUGUGAUUAUGGGGUUUGGUGUGGACAAAGUUUCCUUAUAUGAGAAAAUAAAAUUCAAGCAGGGAGUGGAAGAAAGAGAGCUUUCACCACACUGCAUUCUGUUGUGUCUAACCCUUGAGGGAAAGCUUAUUAUGUUUUACCUCGCGCGGUUCGUAAACACUGUUUAUUUUAAUUUAUGUCUUGAAACACUACAAAAAGGAUUCAUGUCUUCUUUCUGCUUUUGCUGUGACUAUAUUAAGAAAUUCUUUGAGGCACCAAGUUACUUUUUUCUUGUUUUCCCCCUUGCUUUCUCUGAUUCAGUUUCGUGCAGGGUUAUAGAAACUCCAACUUCGCCUCAGUUUGUCGAUGCAACUUCUGACGAAGAAGUGAUUUCGUCAGCAGUUGUACCUCCUGGACACGAUUUGUUGAAAACUUCACGGCCUGAAAUAAAAGGAGCAGCAGCGGCUGGUUUAGGUGCAGGGUUAGUGGAGAUGAACCAAAAAAUUCUUGUUGGGAAAGGGAUAGCUGAGAAUCUAAAGGGCAAUGAGUUUCGAACUACUGAGCUGAAUGAUUCUUCCCCUUCUUUCAGUAGAAUAUCCAAGGGAGAGACAGGUGUUUCAACUCCACAGAAAGUUGGUCUGAGCAUUGAUUCUUCGACUGGAAGUGCCCUGACUGGUGCCUUUACCUCUUCCGAGUCAUCAAGUUGUAAAGAUUCAACUAGAAGUGCGGACAUAACCAAGGGAUAUCUUAGGGGAACUAGUUCAGCUGGCUUUCCUAGCGGCCUAUAUAGUCUCUCAGCUGCAGAUCAAGUCGAUGCCAGAUCGUCCUUUUCACCGAACCCCAUUGAAGGAAAUAUCAAUAUAAGUAACGGUCUUCCUACAAAGGACAAUAGCGUAUUUUCUGUUCAUUCUACUGGUAAUAUCAGUCAGAGUGGAGGUCAAAGAACUUCAGUGGGUGCCAGAAAAUUUGAAUCUGUACCUACUAUCCGUAGUUCACAACUAUCACAAGGAAGUUCUGCACCCGGCAGAUCUUUCAAUUUCAAAUUGCAGCCUACACAGGAAGCUUCUAAAGUUCCUUCAUCGCCAGUGUUGCUGGCUUCAGAUCCUGCAUUAUCAAAGCAUUUGGGCAGUUUCGUGCUGCAGGUAAACGAGAUGGCAGGGGAGCUAGAUGAUCUUUUACAAUCUAUAGAAAAAGAAGGUGGAUACAGGGAUAAUUGCACCCAGAAGAGUUCGGUAUUGUCCUUGGAGCAAGAUCUAGAGAAACUCUCAUGGAAGUGCCGAGAAUGGAGGAACACUAUGGAGGAGCGGCUAGAGGAGAUCCAACAUCUUUUUGAUAAAACUGUGCAAGUUUUAAGUAGGAAAAUCUAUAUAGAGGGAUUUGUCAAACAGUCUACCGAUGGCCAAUACCGGGACCUUUUGAAUCGCCAGAAGCUGAGUCCCGAACUUGAACAGAAGCGCCAAAGAAUGUUGAAAGUAAAUCAGGAGCUGACCAAUCAGCUUAUACAAUUGGAAAGGCAUUUCAACGCUCUGGAACUCAAUAAAUUUGAUAAGACUACUGUGGGUUAUAGUGCAUCCUGCACUAUUUUAGAACCUUCGAGACACAGUCAAUCCUUGUAUAGUUUGUAUAACACUGUGAAUUCACAAUUAAGGGCUGCAGAGCAACUCUCUGAGUGCCUGUCUGACCAGAUGACUGAGCUGAACAUAGAAUCUCCUGUUAAGAAAAGACAAAGUAAAACAAAAGAACUGCUUGAAUCAAUUGGCCUUCCCUAUGAUGUUGACUCCUUCAACUCUCCUGAUGUGAAAAGAGGAGGUCGUAGUCCAGAUUCAAUCAAGAAACUCUCCUUUUCAUCACACAGCUUUAAUUCCAAAGAGCAGUUUAGAAGUGCUACGAAAAAUGUGGAACCAGAAACUGCAAGGAGGAGGAGGGACUCCCUGGAUCGGAGCUGGGCAAGUUUUGAGCCUCCGAAAACAACUGUAAAAAGAUUAGUGUUGCAAGAAGAACGCCACAAGGUCAGUGCAACCAAAUCAGCAUCGGUGGCACGUAAAGCUGAUCAUAAUGCCCAAUUGAAGCAGGGGUCUUUCUUUUCCCAACCAAGUGACAAGAUCGACCCUUCACCUUCUUUGUUCUCAUCCACAUCCAAAGAUGAGUUGAAAAGAUAUCACGCGAAUCGAGAGAUGCAGAGUGAUCCAUCUAAGCAGUUGUCUGGAAGUCCUCAGAGUUCUUUCACACGUGUUGAUAACUACUCGGGAUCAGCACAGUCUACUUUGAAAUUUCCAUUUAUGCAGAUGACAAAAAGCAGCCUUACACCAUCAUCAUCAGCAGUCGCAUUCCCAUCAUUGUCAUCGUGUAACCCAGCUCAGACGAAUACACAGGGGCCUUUUGGCUUAACUUCUGAUAGAUCAAGCGCUGGAAUGUUUCGUAUUCCAAAGUCUGAAUCUUCCGAAGUCCAACCAAAUUCUUUCUCUAAGCCAGUACACCAGUUUCAGUCCGAAACUUCACACAAUCAAACACCAACAAGCAGCUUUUUGCAAGCGCAGCCUGUCGUAGCAGAGAAGAAGUCCCAGAAUGAAGGAAAUGAGCUAUCAAAUUCUUCGAGUGUAGGUAGUAUCAAUCAAGUAACUACAACCGAAAAAAGCUCAUCUGCAGCAUCCAUGAGAAGUAAUGGUUCCCCACUUAAAACUGCAUAUGCUGUUCCAACAUCUACACCUUCAUUUGGAAAAGUUCCUGGAAAUUGAACAAAGAAAACUGAUUAUGGUAACUUGUCAGCUCCAGCAGUACCUUCUACCAUCUCCUCAUCACUUCCUGUUCACUCGUUGGCAACUACUACUUCAUCAGUGACCACAGCAUCAACUUCACCGUUCUCAUCAUCUGCCGUCUCAUCACAAAGCUCUUCUUCCUCAAUUUCACCAUCUUCUCCUCCAUCCCUUUUUUCUUCUGGUUCUUUCUCUUUUGAUCCUCCAAACAAACAGCUCGAACAAUCACCUAAUGAAGCUGCCUCUUUAAAUCCAAAACUAAUUGAAACCAAGCCUCCUUCUGGUGAAAUUAGAUUGAACUCAGACUUACAAGCUCCUCCUCCGAACUCCGAGCCUCCUAGUAGUGAACAUAGUUCGAAAUCAGUAGUAAAUGACCCUUCUACACAUGCUCCUGCUCCACUUCUUGUGCUGUCCCCUAGUGGUGAAGUUGAUUUGAAUUCAGAGGCGCCUGUAAAGCCAACACCUGCAGAAGAAGUUUCAGUUCUAUCCGCAUCUGGAAGCGAGUCGAGUUCAACUACAACAGCAUCCACCAGCGUUUUUACUGGCGUGUCAAAUGCUUCACCUGAAUCUCAACUCGAGACACCAUCUCCUGUCGAAGCUCAACUACAAUCAACGUCACCUUCUACUGGAGCAACCGACGGGAAGAACGAAAAAUUGGAAACUGCUGUGACUCAGGAGGAUGAAAUGGAUGAGGAAGCUCCUGAAACAAUGUCUGACAUGGGUUUAGGAGGCCUUGGUUCUUUUGGGCUUGUAUCAGCCCCUACAUCAGCUGCACCACAAUCUAAUCUCUUUGGAGGUGCAUUUGGUAACAACACACAGGUAAAAUCUAAUCCGUUUGGAGGUCCAUUUGGUAAUAGUACAGAGUCAAAUGCAGGAAACCCUUCUCCAUUCACUUUGACCCAACCCGCUGGGCAGCUAUUUCGACCUGCAUCUUUUAGUAUCAACACUUACCAACCUGCCCAGCCAACAAAUCUUGCUCCUUUCUCUGGUGGUGCCUUUACUCCCGGUGCUCCUGCUCCUCAGCCGGCACCUAGUGGGUUUGGACAGCUGGCACAAGUGGGAGCUGGGCAGCAGGCAUUGGGUUCAGUGCUUGGUUCCUUUGGACAGUCGAGACAGUUUGGAACUGGUUUACCAGGGACUAGUUUUGCUAGUGGUGCUCCUGGUGGAGGUACUGGUUUUGGAGCUCCUUCUAUUGGGGGCUUUGCUAAUGCUUCUACUGGAGGAGGAUUUGCUGGGGCCGCUUCUGCUGUUAGUGGGUUUGCUGCAGCUGCCUCUGGUGGUGGGUUUGCUGCAGCUGCCUCUGGUGGUGGUGGAUUUGCUGCAGCUGCCUCUGGUGGUGGUGGAUUUGCUGGAGCUUCUAGUGGUGGUGGAUUUGCUGGAGCUGCUGGUGGGGUAGGAUUUGGUACUGCUGCCACAGCUGGUGGUGGAUUCAGAGGUUUUGGCAACAAUCAAGGAGGCGGUGCAUUCGCUGCAUUUGGUAGCAACAAACCAGCAAGUGGAGCGCCACAAUCCGGUCUGUUUACACAAAUACGAAGAUAAUUGAAAGUGUUCGUUUACCAACUAGUUUUAAUGAUGACCCUUAUUAUUUGUUCUUGCAAACCUAGAGCAGAGCAAAUCUAAAUGCAGUUUCGCUCAAAAUAGGUCAGCUGCUUUAAAUGGCUUAGCCCUUUAUUGGUUGAGUUUGGCUAUCCUUGCACUCUGGAGCCAGUGUUUUGUAUUUGAAGUCAGGUUUUCAGUGUAUCCUUUCGUACAUGUUAUCUAAGUUGUAGUUAACAUGAAUCUGGAUUGUACUUCAAUGUGAAAAACUGCAAGAAGAAAAAAGAAAUUGUACCCUAUCAAAGGAAGAUUUGUGUGGGCUACUCAAAAGUGUU